AAGGAGAUUAUUGGAAACUAGCAAGGCAAAGAUAGGGGUCAUUUUCGCUAAGGCUAUGGGGGAGGCUGAGGAUAUUCUUAGCAAAUCCAUCGAAGAAGCGGAGGAAAGUCAGAGGGGAGUCAAUGAGGAGCUAACCAUCGUUGGGGAGACGGAAGCAAUGGGAACAUCAGGAAGAGGUACUAGGCAGCAGGAGCAGCAGGAAGGACAACAACAGGAGGGGACAAUGGUCAGUCAAUCAGGAGAAGAGGAGGAGAAGGAAGACGAGGAAAGCGAGGAAGAGGAGCAGGAGGAGGAAGAGGAGACAGGGGUUAAGGGUUAUGAAAACUGUUCUGGGUUUAAUGUAAAUGUUGAGUUCAAUAAAGUUAAAACCUGUAUCGCGAGCAUCAGAGCGGCUACGACGAGGUACUCGGGAUCUAAAAUACAGUUUAAUCGGGCUGAACAGACGGAAGUGUCCGAUAGACUAAAUGAUCUAUCAGACAUCUUCACAGCGUUUGCUAUCGCGCUAGGGGAGAUUAAGGGUAAAGAUAGAGGGGGGAAAAUAAAGGGGAAGGCGAGCGUAGAUAGGGAGGGGGAUAAGUUGGAAGGCAUAUUUAGAAUGUGGGCGAAAAGGACGGAAGAUCGAUUCUUAAGGUUAGAGAAAUGUAUUGUUGAGAAUAGAGUUGUGAAGACACCACUGAGUUUAAAUCAAGGGGGUAGCAUGUCAAUGGGAACAAAUGAGAUGAUGACGGUUGAGACACCAGUUGAGAUACCGAAGACAGCACCCAUAUUACAAACGAAAACUUCGCUCCCCGUUUAA